AGUUCUCUCAUUCAUCGAAAUGUUUGUUGCACUUUGGCCGUUAGCGCACCAGCAUGUUAAGCACUUUAAAUGCUAAAAUAGCGAUGUAAACGUCAUGUUUAGCAACCAGGGAAUUCAACCAGUAUGUGUUGUUUUUAACAACACUAAAAACUGCUUUAUUCAACUCUCUUCAAAGCUGAUAUCGCACCUUUCUCUGAAUGAGAAUCAGGCUUUGGAGCUGUCUUGGGACGGCGGGUCGACAGUGUUCCUUAGCUGGUGUCCCAUCAGAGCCUCCUUAGGAGCAGACAGCCACAGAGUGGAGUUGUCUCGGCAGCUUGGAGAAAAGCUCGGUUUGACUGAUGGAGAACAGUGUUUUCUCAGACCAUGCCAUCAAGUCUCUUCGCUGAAUCAGGUGUUUGUGGAGCCACUGUCAUCUGAUGACUGGGAGAUUUUGGAGCUUCACAGUUCUGCACUUGAAGAGCAACUGCUGAAUCAGAUCCGAGUGGUUUUCCUAGAUGCCGUGUUUCCCGUCUGGGUGGACAGUCACACAGUCAUCUACAUAAAGAUAGUUUCACUCUCACCACAUGUGCGCUUUGGUCAUCUUGAGCAAUUCACAGAGCUUGUAGUGUCUCCAAAGAUUGGUGCUGGAGUUGGCAUCAAAUCCAGCCAGAGUCAAUGGUAUCCUCCUCAGCAAAACCCGACGUUUUCCUCCUCUUCUCUGUCAUCGGCAGAGAGUUCAUUCCAUGUCCCUCACAGUAACUCCCCAGGUGGCAUUGCUAACAUGAAAAACCUUCUCCGCACUUUAAUAACGAGCAGGUAUGACGCGGUCAAGGAGCUGCCGCCUGUACCUGACAUCCCGGUUUUCUUCCCUGAUGCCAUCUACAGAGUGUGCAAUUCACCUCCAGUCUCUCUUUGCACUAUUAGCCACAUUGCGAUCGGUGUUGUUCACAUAUUUCCAUGGAACUCCUCUUCAAUUUCCAGCAAGUCCGCAGUAACAUACGGCCUCCUUUCCAAAGUUCAGUCCCCUAAAGAAGCCAGGGAGAAAAACAAGCGGGCCUCAAAGAAGAACAGCGUUUCUAAAGAAGAGCAACUAACUGACAAAGGAGAUGAAGGCAUAAAGCAACAGGAACCGGUGGUUGUCAGGAUGAUAUGCCACGGCACUGAGAUGCUGACAAGCAAAGACAAAUGUCACAGUAAAGGGGAGAUUUACUGUGGGAAAGUAUGGAUCCCACAUCCUCUGAUGAGCAAAAUCAGCAUCCGACCACACUCGGCUGUUCGAAUUAAGCCUGUCAAAUCCACCAUCAAAGUAGCCAUCAAACUAGGCCUGCAGCCUCUAAAUGCCAUGCCUGAAGAGGAUGAUGAAGAGAUCCAGUCAGUGUUUCUGGGUUGGCUACACACAAAGAGUCACGAACCUUUGGGCCGUCUGACUCCCCGCUCUGGUACCAUCCUCCUGCAUGGAAACGACGCUAAGUUGGAGAUGGCUUUAACUGUGCUAAAACCAGAGCUGCAGAGUGAUCCUGAAGACCAGCUUUUUCUUCUGUCACCCACUGUUCUGCACAAGGAAGAUAUACAGGUAAACAGACAGCCAGCGACUGUGCCGGCUGUCAGCGCUGAAGCACCCGAGCCUGAGCUUCCGUCUCUUCUUAGUCUUGGUGGGGUUGGUGAGCACGCUAGGGUUGGGUUUGAGUUCCUUUCCCACAGCUUUGUGGGUAACCCCCUCUCCAGAGAGCUCGGAAAAGCAGGAUGGGGUCUGCAAGGAGGAGCGUUGCUUAUUACUGGUGCAAAGGGAAGUGGAAAGAGCACUCUGUCCAGAGGCCUCUGCAGAAAAGCCAGAGAGGAUCUGGACUCGCAUGUAGAGGUGGUGGACUGCAAAAAGCUUCAAGGCAAAAAGGCUGAGACCGUGAGACAGAUUCUUCAGGAUGUUUUUGAGCAGGCAGAGUGGAGGCAGCCUUCUGUCGUCCUGCUUGAUGACUUGGAUUAUUUGGCCCGAGCCCCAACUACACCUGAGCAAGACAGCGGCCCCGAGGCGCUGCUGCAAGCGCACAUUGCACAAACUUUGCGGGACAUUGUGGACGAAUUUGUGGUUCGCUCCAGCCUGGUGUGCCUGAUUAUCACCAGCACGAGCGAACACUCCCUCCACCCGUCUCUGACUGAAGUCCAGGGCUCUCACUUCAUCCAAGGGUUUGUGAACAUCCAGCCACCAGACCAGAUCCAGCGAGCUGAGAUUCUGCAGCAUCUCAUCUUAAGAAAGCCCCUCUUUUCGGAAGAGGUGCCCAGCACUCUUGACUUGACGGCUGUUGCCAAGGAGACAGAGGGAUACACAGCCCAAGAUCUCUAUGUUUUGCUGGAGCGUGCCACACAUGCCAACACAACUCGAACAGGACGCCGUGACCGCGAGACAUGUUUAACCCUGACGGACUUUGAGCAGGCCCUGAAGGGAUUUGUUCCACCCUCGCUGUGGGGAGUGGACCUUCGCGCUCCGAGUGGAGUCGGACUAGAGAGGGUGGGGGGUCUGAAGGAGGUGCGGCAGCAGCUCAUGGACACCAUACUGCUACCUGCUAAGUUUCCCAUCCUAUUCUGCAAUCUUCCCAUCCGUCAUCGCUCUGGAAUUCUACUCUAUGGAGCCCCUGGAACAGGAAAAACCCUCACGGCAAGAGCUGUAGCCAAGGACAGUGGGAUGAACUUCAUCAGCAUCAAGGGACCUGAACUUCUGAGUAAAUACAUUGGAGCCAGUGAGCAGGCAGUCCGUGACGUCUUCCAGAGGGCUCAAGCUGCCAGUCCGUGUAUCCUGUUCUUUGACGAGUUUGACUCUCUGGCCCCGAGGAGGGGCCACGACAGCACCGGAGUGACAGACAGAGUGGUAAACCAGCUUUUGACCCAGCUGGAUGGAGUGGAGGGACUGCAGGGUGUUUACGUACUUGCAGCUACAAGCCGCCCGGAUCUGAUUGAUCCAGCUCUCCUGAGACCUGGAAGACUUGACAAGUGCCUCUACUGUCCUCCUCCCGACCUGGAGGCUCGAUUGGAGAUCCUGAAGGCUCUGAGCACAGGCCUCCCUCUGACUCCGGAUGUGGAUCUAGAGCAGUUGGCAGCAGCGACCGAGCAGUUCACCGGGGCAGACCUCAAAGCUCUGCUCUACAACGCACAACUAGAGGCUGUCCACAACAAAACCAGCCCCUGCGCACCACAGGAGAGAGCACCUGGCUCUGACAGCGACAUGAGUCUGUCCUCCAUGGUCUUUCCGAACAACAGCAGCGGGUCAGACGAUUCUGUAGGGGAGGGAGACCAAGGCGCUGGCUCGGACCAGUCCAUGGUUCUGGUUGAGUCCAGUGAACUUCGAGCAGAGCAAGAAGAAGACCACAACAACCUUUGGAGACUGUACUUCGGAAGUUCUUAUGAGUCAGAGCUCGGCAAUUCACCGAUUUCAAGACUGUGCAUCUGUGGACCCUGUGCGACACAGGACUGUCCUGGAGGAACAGUGUGUGAGCCGGCCUGCACUCUCCCUCCUGCUUACAUGUCCUCCAUCCAAACUGGAUAUGAGGAGCCUUGCCCGGAGGAAUUGGACCGUUUGCAGCAAAAAAUUACCACCAUCAAGAGCAGCUACAAGAGAGGCGAUCAGGAGUGUGUUCGGACGUAUUUGUCUUCCAGCCAGCCAAGCCUGCUGGUGUCUCCAGCUCACCUUAACUCUGCCUUGGCUGUGACCAAAGCGUCCCUCAGUCAGGCGGACUGGAACAAAUACACAAAACUAUAUGAAGAUUUUAAUGGAUCAGCUGGUGGAAAAGUUGCUUCUUCUGUGGCUUUUAAACCAGGACAACGUGCGACUCUAGCAUAAUCUUAUGCAAUAAUCUGACACACUGACAUCCCCUUUUUAUGAAUCAGGUUUGUAUAGAUUUGUUAACACUGAGCUUUGGAUAGAUGCACAUGCCACCAUUCAUUGUAUAAAUUCUCCACACAUGUACAUUGUAUAUUUUACAAUUGUAAAUAUUUGAUUGUUAAAAAUCUGAAAGUAAUAUUUUCUUAGAAACUUAAAAAGCCAGGUAAUUUUGACUUUUUUUUACAGCUGCUUUUGCUAAUUACCUAAUAAAUAAUUAGAUGGAAUUAAAUCUGCUUUUUAAAAAAUCCUUUUAUUUUGUUACUGAUUUCUCGUUUUAAGUUCUUUUUCUGGUGUGAUUCUUAAAAAAAACUCCAUUGUGGUAACAGUUUGGAGCAUUUUAUACAUUUAUUCUUCAAUAUUAGCAAAUAAAAUGAAAUCUUUCCUAUUUUCUUUAUUUAGUUACAGAAUUUUGCAAAUGCAAUUUCCAAAUGCACAUGAAUCAGAAGCGAUUUCCUAGUUUACUGUUGCACAGGUUAAAAAGUAUGAAUUGUAGCACAUAAUGAAACGCAAAUAGAUUCAAUCAAAAAAUUAUUAAUUUACUUUAAAACACUAACUCUGAAUAAAGACUUAAAUCUUUCACUUGAAGGUUUAGUUUGGGGAAAAAGGUACAAGUCAUUCAAACUUUUAAGUAAAAGUGUCUUUCAAUCAUAAAACUUUCACAACGUUCCUUUUUCCACAUUAAAUAAAAAAAAAAACUGCCACUACUGUGACCUGCCUUGAUUCUUUUCUAUAUUCAUAUCAAUAUUUUAUUACAGUUUAAUUGAGUUUAUUACAGAUUUUGGUUUGUUUUUAAGUCAAAGUUUGAACUUUGUAAAUCUAAAUUCCGGCUUUUGCAGUUAGUAUGUACAUUUUUUCACUGUUUAAAUAAAUUUCAGCUGUGACAAGAGUACAGUAACUAAAUUCUUGAUCCGCUUUUGUUUUACUCUAAAGCAGGGGUGUCAAACUCAUUUUCACUGAGGGCCACAUCAGCAUAGUGGCUGUCCUAAAAGGGCCAAAUAUAACUUAUAGAUGUAACUAUAUGUAAUGAAAAAUAAAUGUAACUACUCCUCAA